AUGUCUGCUAAGCUUGAUUAUUAUGAAACUCUUGAAGUCCAUAGAGAUGCAAGUAAUGAGGAAAUCAGGAAAGCCUAUCGAAAGCUUGCUCUCAAAUGGCAUCCUGACAAAAACCCCAACAACAGAGAAGGAGCUGAAAAUAAAUUCAAAGAAACUGGAGAAGCUUACUCAGUAUUAUCUGAUGAAAAUAAACGAGCUCUUUACGAUCUCUACGGUCAUCAAGGUUUAGACCCUACUUUUAAUCCAAACCCCAACAGAGACACAUCCGAUUUUCAUCCUCAAAGCAGUCCUCAGCACAAUUUCGAUUUUUCUAACGCUGAAGAAAUUUUCCAACAGUUUUUUGGAAGCCGUGAUCCUUUUUCUGUGUUUAUGGAAAAUGAUUUUGGGUUCUUUAGAAAUCAAAGAAAUAAUAUUUCUAAUGGAGAUUUAAAUAUAGAAAGAAAUGGAUGAAGGAUAAAUCCAUUUGGGGACUUGGAAAAUUAUUUUGGGUUAUUUAGGAGCCAAAGAAAUAACGGCUAUAAUAGAUGAAGGAGAGAUCCGUUUGAGAAUUUCUUUGAAAGGAGUAAUUUUGGAGAUUUCUUUGGAGAAAGCUUAUUUGAGACUGCUCAAUAUAGAAGCGGAUUUUAUUCUGAUAAUGGGGGAAACCCUCAAAUGAAUUUUAGUUUUAAUAAUGAAGGAACUCGGAAAAAUAUUCAAACAAGGCUGGUUAAUAGAAAUGGGAGGACAGUAAAGAAGACUUUCGUAACAAUAGCCCACCCAGAUGGAAGUAGAGAAGUAUAUGAAGAAAUUGGUGGGGAUAGAAUUCAAAGGUCAAGGCAAAGAAUGCCACACUAA